UUGUUCGUUAUGAUUCCGGAAAUGAUGUCAUAAAGCCGGUCCCCUCUUCUACACAAAUGUGUUACCAAGCAGUUGUUUCUAGGGGCAACCAAACAGUGGGUUUGUUGCUACUCAUGUAAAACUCAUUCUCUGAAUGAGGAAGAAUUCGAAUACGUUCGGAGAAAAGCCCUAGAAGAGACGGGAAGGGUGGGCGGAGAGGGAGAAAAAAAUAGAUUGGAGAAAAAUAUUUUUGGAACAGGCCUGUUACGAUGACAGCUAUGGUCAUGGAGGAGAGCAUUUAUAAUCUUCUACCUCAGAUUGUGGAGAAGUCUCGGAUAACAGAGAAGCCUAGUUUUGUAUCAGCAUUUAGACCAUAUGUGAAACGUGCAAUACAGCAAAGUAAAUCACAAUGGAAAACAAUUGGACCCCCAAAAGUCCAAGUGCCCUCUCCAAAAAACUUCCUUCAGAAACAUUCAAAAGAACCAAAGUUACCAACAAAAAAAAAAGAUCAACGCAGUAAAAAAGCACUGGAACUAAGUGUGCCCAAAAGAACAGAUCAUCCAAUAAUGGGAGUUCAGUGUACAAGGAAUUUCAUAAACACAAAUACAAGUAAUGCUAUCAUGGCAGUGCCCAAGAAACCAUUACCAGUUUAUGUAGACAGAAGGCAAGGAGACAGAUUUCUUCUGGAAACUUCAGGUCUUGUUCCAAAAUAUCUCAAGAAAAAGGAUUACGGAGUGAUUCCAAAAUAUGUAAUAAAGCGAAAUGAAGAUACAAAAAAGGCUCAGGAAGAAUAUGAUGCCUAUGUCAGGGAGACUCUCAGACAAAAAGCCAUGAAACGGCUCACAGAGCAAGAGAGAGAAACUCUUUUAGAGGGUCUCAAAACGAACUGGGAGGAGGUGCAUCAGGCAUUCCAAAACCUUUCAGUAGAAAUAGAUACAUUACCCAAGAAGCUUUACAGAGAAAAGCUGGAAAUAGACAUGAAACAGUUGGAACAUGAUAUUCAGACAAUUGAGAAACACAAAGUUAUUUACAUAGCAAACAAAUGAGGGUGUCUUUUGAGGAUCAUUUUUCUGUGAGAUAGUUUACUUUCAGUGGAGAUAUAAAUUGCAUAUAUAAGUAGAAAACUAUUUGAGGUUUUAAAAUCUUUGUUAAAAUUUAUCAUAUUUUACAUUUUGUUUCCUUUUAGGUGAUUAUUUAUUUUUUCAAUAAAGGCAUAUUUUUCUCCAGAGUAUUUGGUUGCAUGCUAUUUUUAAAAAGUCUCUCAAGGUUUCCAGGGUCUUUAUUAUAUAAUUCAAAGAGGAUGAAA